AUGGCGACUCUCUUGAACCUUGCGGUUCUGCCGUUGCUGUUGUCCGGGGCGGCCGCUCAAUCAUACAACCCUCCUGCUCGACCAGAGGGCUCUUUUACUUAUGUGCAACCAUUGAACACGACCAUUCUCGGAGGAUAUGGCAACUCCCCAGCUGUGUUGCCCUCUCCCAAUGCAACCGGUGUUGGCGGAUGGGAGGAUGCUCUGGAAAAGGCCAAGGCUUUCGUCUCCCAGUUGACUCUCGAGGAGAAAGCUUUCAUGGUCACUGGUCAGCCCGGCCCAUGUGUCGGUAACAUUGCGCCGAUUGCAAGACUUGGCUUCAAUGGUCUCUGUCUUCAGGAUGGUCCUCUCUCGAUCCGUGUGGCCGACUACGCAAGCGUAUUCUCCGCUGGUGUUUCUGCUGCGAGCACGUGGGACAAGGAUAUCCUCUACGAGAGAGGUUACCUGAUGGGCAAGGAGUUCAAAGGCAAGGGCGCACAGGUUGCACUUUCACCAGUCGCAGGCCCUCUCGGUCGCUCUGCCUUCGGCGGCCGAAACUGGGAGGGUUUCUCUCCCGAUCCCUACCUCACUGGUAUUGGCAUGGAGUUGACCAUUCGCGGCCACCAAGAUGCCGGCGUCCAAGCAACGGCCAAGCACUACAUCGGCAAUGAGCAGGAGACUCAGCGAAACCCAACCUACAACUACAGUGAGGGUGCGCCAUUGAACACGGUCCUCCAGGAGGCAAUUUCCAGCAACAUCGACGACAGGACCAUGCACGAGCUCUACCUUUGGCCUUUUGCGAACAGCGUCAAGGCGGGUGCUGCUUCGUUCAUGUGUGCGUACCAGAGAUUGAACGGCUCCUACGCGUGUGAGAACUCGAAGGCGCAGAAUGGAAUCUUGAAGGAGGAACUCGGUUUCCAGGGCUACAUCAUGUCCGACUGGGGCGGCACCCACAGCGGCGUGGCCUCCGUCGAAGGCGGCCUGGACAUGAACAUGCCCGGUGGUCUCGGCCCAUACGGAACAUCCUACGGUGUCGGGUCCUACUAUGGUGGCAACAUCACAUCCAUGGUCAACAACGGCACAGUCCCAGAAUCCCGAAUCGACGACAUGAUCAUCCGCAUCAUGACACCGUACUACCACCUCGGCCAGGACAAGGACUUCCCCUCCACCGAUCCCUCCUCCGCCGACUUGAACACUUUCUCCCCUCGCAGCUCCUACUACCGCAACGACUGGAACUUCGGCAACGACUCCAGCCGGGACGUCCGUGAGGAUCAUGGCGAUAAGAUUCGCGUCCACGGCGCUGCCGGGACGAUCCUCCUCAAGAACACCAACAACGCCCUUCCUCUUAAAGCGCCUCGUUCGAUUGCCAUCUUCGGUAAUGACGCUGACCAGCCGACCAACGGCCUCAUCAACCAAGACGACUUCGAAUACGGUACCAUCGUCGCCGGCGGCGGUUCCGGCACCGGCCGUCCCACAUACCUCAUCACCCCUCUCGACGCCCUCUCCGCCCAAGCCAGAGAAGACAAGUCCCUCGUCCAAGUCUGGCUGAACAACACCCUCCUCGCCAACACCGACAUCUCCACCCUCUGGAUCCCCCAGAUACCCGACGUCUGCCUCGUCUUCCUCAAAGCCUGGGCCGCCGAGUCCUCCGACCGCUACUCCCUCGACGCCGAAUGGUCCGGCAACGAAGUCGUCGAAUCCGUCGCUUCCGUCUGCAACAACACCGUCGUCGUCAUGCACAUCCCGGGCCUCAUCAACCUCCCCUUCGCCUCCCACGUCAACGUAACCGCCAUCCUCACCGCCCACUUCCCGGGUCAAGAAUCCGGCAACUCCAUCGUCGACAUCCUCUACGGAAAAACCAACCCGUCAGGAAAAUUGCCCUACACCAUCGCCCUCAACGAAUCCGACUACAACGCCCCACCCGUCACAGCCGUCAACACAACCGGCAUCGACGACUGGCAAGUCUACUUCGACGAGAAACUGGAAGUCGACUACCGCUACUUCGACGCGCACGAUAUCCCCGUGCUCUACGAAUUCGGCUACGGACUCUCCUACACCACUUUCAACACCUCUUCCAUCUCCGCCGCCAAGAUCUCCAGCGACCCGAUCACGACUCACCCAGCCGACCUCCCCAUCGCUCCCGGUGGAAAUCCCGCGUUGUGGGAAGUGUUGUAUGAAGUCAACGUUACGGUUUCCAAUACGGGCGAUGUGCACGGCGCUGCGGUUCCGCAGUUGUAUGUUUCUCUUCCUGGGUCUGUGCCGGAGACGCCGGUGAGGCAGUUGAGGGGUUUUGAAAAGGUUCCCCUUGCGGCUGGGGAGAGUGAGACGGUGUGUUUCCAACUUAUGAGGAGGGACUUGAGUUUUUGGGAUGUUACGGCGCAGCAGUGGGUGAUUCCGGAAGGGGAGUUUACGUUCCAUGUGGGAUUUAGUAGUCGGGAUUUGAGAGAGUCGGUUGAGGUGACGAUUGUCGACGCUGCCGGCGCUUACUAG